UGUCCCCUCCCCACAGCCAUGAACUCGCAAGUCACACAGGACACCCUGAAGACAGCUGAAGCUCAUAAGACAGUUAUUAAAAUUAAGCGCAAAAAGACCAGGAGGGAGCUGAAUCGUGCAAAGUUCGGCAAAGCGGUUGUUGAAAAGCUGUUUAAAUGCAAAGCAGGCCGCCCAUUUCAGGACAUGCCUCCAGCUGAGAAGUGUCACUGUCAAUGUGUCGUCAGCUCUUGGGCAGCUGAGACCUCCAUUGCUAAACCAUCUCCAAACCCCAGCUGGAUUAUUACACAAGGCAGACUCACCCAUCACCUGGGGAUAUUCAAUAAGGAGGUCAAAUCUAUCAAUGUUGAGAGGCUUUUGGAUGGGGAGCAGACAAAAGACUGUUGUCCAGCCAUCACCAAGGAGUCUACCACUGCUAAAUUGGCAGAGGAGGCAAUGGAGGUCACGAGCUGUACCCCAGUUCCAAAAGAGGCAGCAGUUCCUGUCCAGCAACCACACUCCUUAACACCCAAACUACAGCCCAACGUGGAGGAUGCUCACAUCACCUUGGCUUCUCCCACCCAGGCCACAGAGAGCAAAUCCCAAUGUCACCAUGACGUCAAAGAGUGUGUAGUCCCCACCACUGAACUAGCUGAGAAGCUCAUCAAAACCUUAAAUACCCACCAGGUGUUUCCAGGAGAAAACCUGGUGCACAGCAUGCAACAAGAGCUCCUGAAUAUUCUGAUAGAACGGCAUGGAAAGGAGGCAGGUCUCUGGCUCCCAGCGCUCUCAACAAAGCAAGAAUCAGGUGCUUCUCCCCCCACAGGGAUGAGCAGACCUCCCAGAUCCGGCUGCAGCCCACUUGAUGAAAGCACCAUUGUGAACAAAUCCUUGUCGCCAAAAGAUCAACAGAUUGAAGAUUCGUUCUUGAUUCAGAAUGAUGGUUCGGUUUGUGGAGCUCUUUCCAGCACACAUUCAACUGUGGGAAGCCACCUGUGGUGCCCGAAGCUGGACAGCAGUGGUUUUACUGGAGAGAAGAUCUUCGGGAUAUCUUUGAGUGGCGUUCCAGGACACUCAGGCUUCAGCCCACCGAAGGUGCCUGCCUCUCUUCCUGGACCGCAGGUGGGUAGCUCUGCAGGGAACCAGGCAGACGAGGAGCAUGCCCUCAGCACUUCUGCUCGCCAACGCCUGUGGCUGUGGAGAAACGCCGGCAGUUUACAGAGAACCAAGGCUGCCCCAGGAAUUCCCCAAAGUCCUGUUGUGAGCAGGGAUUUCCCCUUCACCAAAUGGGAGCUCAGCCCGGAAACAGCAGACCUGGGCCAGACAUCAGCUGCUCAGAAACGGGUGCGGCCAUCCAGUGCCUCCCCGCCAUUCUCUAGCCGCAGCCCUCACCAGCGGAUGCCAAAAGCCAACAGCUCGCUGGCACGGAUUCUGGAGGCUUACCGCGAUACCCCAGGCAGGGGACGGUGGAGCCCACUGAGCCCAAAUCCAGGGAAGGGGGCCAGGGCUCAGGGAAGUUGGGGGUGCGGGCUAGGGACCACUGGCCAUGGCAGAAGCUGGAAGGAGGAGGACGAAGACACCACCUUCAGAAGCACAGGUGGGAGGCACCCAGUGAGAAACAAGAGACCUCUGCCAGAGGGCGGGCACACAACAGAGAUGCCCCCCCUCCCAUUGCACCCUCACUCAUUGGCAAAGGGUCGGGCUUGGCCUCAAGCUAGAGCAGGCCAGCCCUCCUCUCCCCAGUGGCUUGGCAUCCCCCCCUGGCACCCCACACAAGAGCCAAGCCCAGAGAGAGCGCUCCAUGCCUCUGUGUUGGAGCCACCACCCUCACCGCUGUGUGGCAGGGCAGUGGCCAGAGCAGGUCCAUACCACAUCCGGGAGCCGUCAGCCUCAGGGAAGGGGGCUCAAUCCCACUAUGGGCUAAUCCAUGGCUCCUGGGACGGGAAAGGCUCCAGCGAGGGUCCACUGGGGGACUCACGUGGCAGGGCUUACUUGAACUGGAAUGGGACGCAGGCAUGCCAGCUGGUUUCAGGAGACGGACUCAGGUGCAGAGUGGAGCCCCUGCCCCUCUCCUUGUGUUACCCACCGUCAGACUGCCUGGAAUGGAGUGAUUUGCCACUGCCCACUGUCCUCCCAAAGAAUGACUGGGGCAGCAGCAGUCCAGAGCCCUGGCUGUACCCCAGGAUGAAACUCUACUGAGCCGGCAAUGAGUACCGGGCAAGUGUGGGGCAGGGCAGGGCAGGGGGCCACGCAGCCUUGCCAAGACUGCCCUGGAGUGAGGAUGGGGAUGGAGUCCACCCAGGGACAACUGGUGGCAGUGCAGCAGAAUCCCAGGCAUGGGGCAGUAUGAGGUCCCAGAGGUUAGGCUAUGAGGAGAUGGGCAGCACCUCCGCUGGAAGCCAGACCACUCUAUGGGAGCCGCCAAGCACAUUGUCAGCAGAAUCCGACACCCUUGGGUGGGACAGAGUUCAGCUAAGAUGUCACUGCAGUACCUGGGGUCAGAGUGCCGGGA